CUCUCUCUCUCUCUCUCUUCCUGCACAGCUGAUUACAAUAUCAAUCAGCCAUUUACUCCACCUUUCUCAGCCUGAUCUGAAGCUUUCAAACACCUAGACUUCCACCAGCCGUCAAAUUACGCAACUUUCUCUCUCAUUGUCAUCGAAUCUGUCGCAAAUUAACUCAAGACUGAUUCAAAUUUCAGCAGACCUGUUGUUAGUUUGCUGCGAUUAAUUGGAUUUCAAUCUUCGGUGCGGGUAUUUUGUGAAUAUAUUAAAGGGUUGCGAUGAAUUUGAUGAAUGAGGGAAUGGGUUUCGUUUAAUCAAAGACAAGGAUGAGGUUGAUUGUUAUUGUUGAAACUGGUAGUUAGGUUUGGGUUGUGUAGUCUCAGAUGAUGUUGUUGCAGACUCCGAGGAUGACUUCAGAUGCUAGUCGGACAGGUGGGCAAGUUGAAAGGGACAUUGAGCAGGCCAUUACUGCUCUAAAGAAAGGGGCUUAUCUUCUCAAAUAUGGGAGAAGAGGCAAGCCUAAAUUUUGUCCUUUCAGGUUGGCUAAUGAUGAAUCGGUUCUCAUAUGGUUUUCUGGGAAAGAGGAAAAGCACCUUAAACUUAGUCAUGUCUCCAGAAUUGUUUCAGGGCAGCGAACCCCGAUCUUUCAAAGGUAUCCACGGCCUGAGAAGGAGUAUCAAUCAUUCUCACUAAUAUAUAAUGACAGGUCUUUGGAUUUGAUCUGCAAGGAUAAGGAUGAAGCCGAUGUAUGGUUUAGUGGUCUUAAGGCACUAAUAUCACGAGGCAAUCAGAGAAAAUGGAGAACAGAAUCAAGGAGUGAUGGAAUCCCAUCCGAAGCUAAUAGUCCCAGGACCUAUACACGCAGAAGCUCGCCAUUACACUCUCCAUUUGGUAGUGGUGAUAGCUCACAGAAGGACACAGGUGAUCAGCUGCCCCUUCAUAGUCCAUAUGGAAGCCCUCCAAAAAAUGCUCCAGACAAGACAUUUUCAGAAGUGAACUUCUAUAAGGUUCCGCCCAAGGGUUUUUUCGCUUCAGAUUCUGCCAGUGGUUCUGUCCAUUCAUUGUCAUCUCGAGGCUCUGAUAGCAUCCAUGGCCACACGAGGGUAAUUGGGGUAGAUGCCUUUAGAGUAAGCUUAUCAAGUGCUGUUAGCUCUUCAAGUCAAGGUUCUGGUCAUGAUGAUGGGGAUACCUUGGGAGAUGUUUUUCUUUGGGGGGAAAUCACUGGAGAUGGUGAUGUUAGUGGUGGACCUCACAGAGUGGGGAGUUCAGUUGGUGUUAAGAUGGAUUCUUUAUUGCCAAAAGCCUUAGAAUCUGCAGUAGUUCUUGAUGUUCAGAAUAUUGCUUGUGGUGGAAGGCAUGCUGCAUUAGUAACCAAGCAAGGCGAGAUCUUCUCUUGGGGUGAGGAAUCAGGGGGGAGACUCGGGCAUGGCGUAGAUUCAGAUGUUUUGCACCCGAAGCUUAUUGAUGGCCUCAGCAAUACAAACAUUGAGCUUGUGGCAUGUGGCGAGCAUCAUACAUGUGCUGUAACACUCUCUGGUGAUCUGUACACAUGGGGUGAUGGGCAUUUUGGGAUUCUUGGGCAUGGGAAUGAAGUAAGCCAUUGGGUCCCAAAAAGAGUAAAUGGCCCAUUAGAGGGUAUCCAUGUUUCUUUCAUCUCUUGUGGACCCUGGCAUACUGCUGUGGUGACCUCUGCUGGGCAACUAUUUACUUUUGGUGAUGGAACAUUUGGUGUUUUGGGCCAUGGAGAUCGGAAAAGUGUUUCAAAGCCUAGGGAAGUCGAAUCUCUCAAGGGACUUCGAACUGUUAGAUCUGCUUGUGGUGUCUGGCAUACUGCUGCAGUUGUAGAAGUUAUGGUUGGGAAUUCAAGUUCUAGUAAUUGUUCUUCAGGAAAACUAUUUACAUGGGGAGAUGGCGAUAAGGGUAGACUUGGGCAUGGUGACAAGGAAACUAAGUUAGUACCUACUUGUGUUGCUGCACUUGUUGAUCCCAACUUUUGUCAAGUUGCAUGUGGACAUAGCAUGACAGUAGCACUUACAACUUCAGGUCAUGUCUACACAAUGGGGAGUCAUGUUUAUGGUCAACUUGGAAAUCCUCAAGCUGACGGAAAACUCCCUGCUCGUGUUGAAGGCAAGCUCUCAAAGAGUUUUGUUGAGGAGAUAGCUUGUGGUGCUUAUCAUGUUGCAGUUUUAACUUCAAGGACAGAAGUUUAUACUUGGGGUAAGGGCGCUAAUGGCCGACUUGGUCAUGGAGACAUAGAUGAUAGAAAUUCUCCCACCCUAGUAGAAGCCUUAAAAGACAAGCAAGUUAAAAGUAUAGCCUGUGGUACUAAUUUUACUGCAGCUAUAUGCCUUCAUAAGUGGGUCUCAGGGACUGAUCAGUCUAUGUGUUCUGGCUGCCACCUACCAUUCAAUUUCAAAAGAAAACGUCAUAAUUGUUAUAAUUGUGGACUUGUAUUCUGUCAUUCAUGCAGUAGCAAGAAGUCAUUAAGGGCCUCUAUGGCUUUGAACCCAAACAAACCUUAUCGCGUCUGUGAUAACUGUGUUAAUAAAUUGAAGAAAGCUAUUGACACUGAUGCCUCAUCACACUCUUCUGUGAGUAGAAGAGGAAGUGUGAAUCAGGGUCUGAAUGAGGUAAAUGAGAAAGAUGAUAAGUUGGAUCCGAGCUUUCGUCCUCGUCUUGCUAGGUUUUCAUCAAUGGAAUCCUUGAAACCAGUUGAAAACCGUACUUCAAAGCGCAAUAAGAAAUUAGAGUUUAAUAGCAGCCGUGUGUCACCUAUACCUAAUGGAAGCUCUCAAUGGGGAGCUCUUAACAUCUCUAAGUCUCUUAACCCAGUAUUUGAAUCUUCCAAAAAGUUCUUCUCUGCUUCAGUUCCUGGUUCACGAAUUGUAUCUCGAGCAACAUCUCCAAUAUCGAGACGGCCAAGUCCUCCUCGUUCAACCACACCAAUCCCAACCUUGGGUGGACUAUCUUCACCAAAGAUCAUAAUGGAUGAUGCUAAAAGGACAAAUGAUAGCAUCAGCCAAGAAGUUGCAAAUCUAAGAGCCCAGGUAGAAAAUCUUACUCGUAAAGCACAACUUCAAGAGAUUGAGCUAGAAAGAACUUCUAAACAGCUGAAGGAGGCAAUGGCUAUCGCAGGGGAAGAGAGCUCAAAAUGCAAAGCAGCAAAAGAAGUGAUUAAAUCACUUACUGCCCAACUGAAAGACAUGGCGGAAAGGUUGCCUGUGGGAGCUGCCAGGAACAUCAAAUCUCCUUCCUUUACUUCCUUUGGAUCCAAUCUUUCUUCCAGUGACAUUUUACCAAAUGCUCUAAUUGAUCGGCCCAAUGGUCAAUUAGUACCAUACGAAGAAUCAGAUUCCAAUGGUUCAAACAGCCAGUUAAAAUCCAAUGCCAUCACUAAUCGAAGUUCAGGCCACAACAAAGCAGAAGCAGCGGCAAGAAACAGUAGCAGAAGCAAAGACGGUGAAUCUCAGGGUGAUGAUGAAUGGGUUGAGCAGGACGAGCCUGGCGUAUAUAUUACCCUCACACCCUUACCUGGAGGCGCCAAAGAUCUCAAACGAGUUCGCUUUAGCCGGAAGCGAUUCAGUGAGAAGCAAGCAGAACAGUGGUGGGCAGAGAACCGAACAAGAGUUUAUGAACAGUAUAAUGUGCGAAUGAUUGAUAAGUCAAGCAUAGGCAUCGGAAAUGAAGACUUAGCACAUUGACAUCUAGGAACAAUCAUAUGUAAAUGAAUUUUCCUAAUUCUCUCCUCUGCAUAAAGAAAUGGUGGUCAUAUUGAUUGGCAUCAAGAGGUUGCAAUGGAAGCAAAGGUUUCUUAACACAAGCAACGGCAUUACAGAGAGCUUUGUUUGUGCCUUCUCUUUUCUUUCUUCAUAUUUUGCAUCAACUCGUUUUGCGCUUAUAUUUUCCCCCUUAAUGCCUUGUUUCGAAGGGCUUGAGGACGAGGAAAAUGGGGGUCAUUAGAUUUGGCUUGUCUUCAAAGCCGAUAUACCAUGCAUGUAUAUUCAUAAUCCAAGUACAACAUAGUUUGCCUUAUAUGUAUUCUCUUUCUAAAUCCUUUUGGUUGAAUGUAGUUUGUUAGCAGCAUCAGAUUCUGAUUGAUGUUUGCUACAUUUGAAGCUA